AUGACAACAUUACAAAAAUUACCAAGUAUUGAUAAUUUUCUUACACGGAGUAAAUCUCGUGAAAUCGAUAUAUAUCCACAAGAAAACUAUGCAUCAUCUAAAUCAAAUAAAAAUGCUAAAUCUCCAUCACUAAAAAGAUCUUUACUUGGAUCUGCGCGUGCCAUACGACUUGAUGUUCCAAUAAAACCAAUUCGAGAUGUACCAAAAACUGACAUAUCUGAUAUACCUACAAUGGGCUACUUUGAAUUGCUUGAAUUUGAAAAAAUUCAAAAUGAAACUAAAUUACUAUCACAUGAAGAAAAAGUGUGGCCAAUUGCACCUGAUGGUUUUGUUCCAAAUUCGGUGAUACGUUCGAUGUUUAAAAUAAAACAAAUAGAACCAAUAGAAAUGAAAGUUUUCAAAUUAAAAUGGACACCUGUACAAUACCCAGCAAAAGCAACAACAAAGUAUGAUGACAAUGAGAAAAUGAAUCGAUUUGCUCCAAUUAAUGAUAUUUCAUUGUUAUUGAAUAUUUUUAAUAAACGAAAAAAAAAUUUAAAUUGGCAAAAUGAUGAUGACGAAGAAUUUGUUGAAUUUAAUGAUCCAGAAGCAUCAUUCAUAUCGAUAUCAUCGGAUAAACAAUCAAAUAUUCAAAAGAAAUCCAAAGAACGACAAUCAGGAACAAGUGGAAUAGCAGGUCCAAAGCACGAUGAAUAUGAAGUAGUCGAUAAUAUCAUUGAUGAUGAUUAUGAUGACGAGGAACGCUAUAAUUUUCGUUGGAAUGAGGAUGAUAUUCCAGAUUUGUUUAAAAAAAUGAAACAAGAACCAUGGUGGGAUCCAUCUGUAGAUCAAACACUUCGUUCAAUGGUUUUAUAUCUAAUACAAGUUAUUAAAGAAAAACAAUUACUCUCAUAUGAAUUAGCAUGUAACUACUUAAUCGAUGUUUUUCGAACUUACGGUAUUGAACCAACAUUAGUCAAUGAAAUAUUAUCAAUUUUAUUAACUAAUUUGGCUACUAGUGAGAAUGAUAAUGAGGAACAAAAUUCAAGACUAUGCACAAUUCGUACAAUUGGACAAUUUGUUAUAGAACGUAAAAAUAUAAUAUUAGCUCUGCUUGAAUUGGCCACAAAAUCGGAGCAGGAUGAUAUUGUUGCUAAUGAAGCAAUUAAUGCUGUGAAAUAUAUUACAGACGUUAAUGAUUCAAAUUCAAUUGAUUUAGUUUUAAGAAACAUGGAUUUUGUUCGAAGUGCUGAUGAAGAAAAUUUUUUAUUAAAAUCAAUUGUGGCCACAUUGAGAAGACAAGAAGAUGAAAUACAGUUAAUAGAUAAUGUACAAGAUGCUGAUGCUGAACAAGAGACGACUAACGACGAUCAAAGCGAUUUACAUCCAUUAUUGAAAAAAAUUUCACAAGAAAAAUGGUAUCCGAAAGAUUUAUUACCAACAAUUGAAAAUGUGGUGACGGCAAUUUUAGAAAAAUUACCAUCAACAAAUAAAACUCAACUGAAAACACUCACAAAAUAUCUAAUUGAAUUACAACGAAAUAUUGGCUUCUCAAAUGAACUAACGGAUCGUGUUGUCGAAGGACUUGUACCGUUGUUAACUCACAGUGAGCCAGAUCAUCGAUUAAAUAUUGCUAAUACAAUAGGUGAAUUAGGAGUUGAAACAAAAACAGCUGAUAUUGCUUUAUUGGAUGCAUUUGUUAAUGAUAAACGAGUACAAUGUGGUGAGGCAUUGAAAAAGCUGUCAGGAAUUCAAUCGGAUACCGUAUUAAAAGAUAUAGCCGAUGAUAUUAGCUACUUAGAGACAUUACCAUCGGAGGGCUUUAGUUUACAAAAAUAUCUUAGUCAGAAAAAUCCAACUGUUGAUGCUGAAGAUGGUCAGCAAGAGGAGCAACAGAAUGAAAUACGCGAUAAUGAUAUAAUCGACGAAACGGCAGAUAAAGAACAACCAAAUGAAUUUGAACAAGAACAAUAUCCAACUGAAGUACUUGAUACAAGUGAAACAAAAUCUGAAGAUAAUGUUAAAAUACUAAUUACAACACACGAAGACGAAAAAGUUGUCCAGUCAUUGAAUGAAUCGGAAAGUUUUGAUAAAGAAAUUGUGAAAGAAGAACAAUAUGUAAACAGUGUGAUGAAAAUUACGCAUCCAGUUCAACGUGUGGAUGCCACUUCCUCAACGAUCACUAGUAACACUCCCAGUAGUAUGAAAUCAGUUAAAGAGACAAUACGAAUUGAAAUUAGUGAUAAAACAAAGAAAGUUACUUCUAAAGAUAUUCGUACUGAGAAAAAAUCUAUAGAGACGCUAAAUGACAAAAAAGAAACGGCUGUUUCGUCAACAGAUGAAGUGGAUGUAUCAAGUGCACCCAUAAUUAAAGAAAGCAGAAAGAAUGUAGACACCAAUGUUGUCAAACAUCGUGGAAAACUAUUGCCUAACAAUUCAGAAAUGUGGGAUUAUUAUAAGAAACGUAAUCAAUUAGAAUCUAGAAAACAUGAAAUAACAAAUAAUACACCUGUAGUAGAACAAAAUGAAAAAUACAUAGGAGAAGAGUCUGAUGAUGACUUAUACGUUGAUGAUGAGAAUACAAAUGAUCGUCCACGAAAGAAAUAUUUAACUAUACCACAACGUAAAGUAUAUUUCGAACGUUUCCCACAAAUACCUCAUCAACAACGGGCAACGUAUACAAAUUCAAGACAAUUUGGACAGGAUAACAGCAAUAAUAACGAUCAUCCUCUUCUGUUAGAACACGAUAUUGUACAAGAUAUAAUUGAUCAACAUACAAAACAAUUUGGUUUCUACCGACCACCUCAUCGUUCAUGUCUUAUACCGCAUAAAAUUUCAUUGGAUGGUGUUUUAGGUGAACAAUCGCAUAUGCUCGUAAAUAAUUUACAUUUUCCCUCUGCCCGCAUGCGUCUUUCGGAUUUAAACCGUAAUAGACACUUACACGACAUAGAAUUUAUCCAACUUUUAUCGUGUCUAGUUAUUCGUGGAAUACAAAUUCAUAAACAAUAUGAAAGAAUAACACCGGUAACAUCAUCACCGUUGUUAAAUAAUGAUUUAACACAAUCUCUACCGUAUUUCACUGAUGCGUUAAAUAUUUCACAAAUGCAACUUCAUUCAACAAACACACAUAAUGAUAUUCUUUCGGCGAGAUUACCACCAAUAAUUAAUAAUCGACCAUCAUUGGGACAAAUAGGAAACUGUCAGUCGGAAUAUAUGAUAGACAAUUCACAAUUGAAAGCAACUAGAGCUGGAAUAAACAUUGACAAAGCAUUAAAUAUGCAAAAUGCGUUAACAAGUGCUAUGAAAACAGACAGAGAACAUUCUAAGGGCUCUGAUUUUCUACUCCAAGGACCUGCUGCUUCACCAAUCGUUUCGUCAAUGGUUAAUAUUUCUGCUCCCACUGGAACAUCAUCUGAUGUAACACACGCCAUUUUACUUGAUAAACUGCUUCAAUCUCAUGGUGCUCCACAGUCAUCACAAUAUAUUCAACAAAUAUAUCGUUCAUAUCCAAAGUUUCUACCACUUUUACAUUCACGGAUCCCACAACGUAUUAUUCCACUUAUUUGGAACGAUCCACUCAUACAAAAAUUAGCAUCGAUUAUGGGAAAUAGACAAGACGAUUUACUAACUGAUCAAAAUGAAGCAAAAAAAACACGUCUACCUCGACAUGUAUUAAAAUUUGCUUAUCGUGACAUCGAUAUUGAUUCAAAUGAAGCCGUUAACUAUCUUCGAGACCAGCAAACACCGAAAACACGUCGACGUCGAAUAUAUAUGCAUCUAAUGCUUGUGCGGCAUGAAUACGUUAAAUUACAGUGGCGUCAGUUGUUAAAAACGAACGUUACGACUAAUACAGACUAUCGAAUGUCAUAUCGACCAAUCGUCUCAAGACUACCACAUACGACAAAUGAUGCACAAAUGUGCGAACCUGUACAAUAA